GGGGACGUACCUGUCGGACUCCCGGCUCCCGCUGCUUCUCUUCCCCGGUCCGUGGGUCGGGGCUGGUCUGGUCCGGAAGCCGGAGCCGGUUCCCCGUAGUCCCGACUCCCCCGCGGCCCGGACUCGGGCUGCGUGACGGGCCGGAGGGUGUGGCGGGUGGAAAGUCGUUCUCCCUCCCCCCCGCCUGGGCGCAGGGCUUCAGGUGCAGCCUCCCAACGGGGAAGUGAGGCUGGAGAUUUUUGUUUUUAAUUUUGGCCAGAAGCAGGUUGACCCCAGGGCCCUCGGGGGUUGGGAGGCGGACCCCAAAAGUCACCUGGCAGGAUUUCCGUAGUCUCUUCCGUAGAAAACACCAGGUAUCUUGGCAGUCGCGGUAGUUUUCCUUGGGUGUGCAGCUUGCUUCAGGUGGAGCUCCCAGGUAGCUAUUUAGGUUUGAAACAGAUGCAGAAUCCAAAGGCAGCGCAAAAAACAGCCACCGAUUUUGCUAUGCCUCUGAGCUGCAAGAUAAUCAGACAGCUAAAUGGAGUCUGAGCAGCUGUUCCAUAGAGGCUACUAUAGAAACAGCUACAACAGUAUAACAAGUGCAAGUAGUGAUGAGGAACUUUUAGAUGGAGCAGGUGUUAUUAUGGAUUUUCAGACUUCUGAAGAUGACAAUUUAUUAGAUGGUGACACAGCAGUUGGAACUCAUUAUACAAUGACAAAUGGAGGCAGCAUUAACAGUUCUACUCACUUACUGGAUCUUUUGGAUGAACCAAUUCCAGGUGUUGGUACAUAUGAUGACUUCCAUACUAUUGAUUGGGUACGAGAGAAAUGUAAAGACAGAGAAAGGCACAGACGGAUCAACAGCAAAAAGAAAGAAUCAGCAUGGGAAAUGACAAAAAGUUUGUAUGAUGCGUGGUCAGGAUGGCUAGUAGUAACACUAACAGGAUUGGCAUCAGGGGCAUUGGCUGGAUUAAUAGAUAUUGCUGCUGAUUGGAUGACUGACCUAAAAGAGGGCAUUUGCCUUAGUGCAUUGUGGUAUAACCAUGAACAGUGUUGUUGGGGAUCUAAUGAAACAACAUUUGAAGAGAGGGAUAAAUGUCCACAGUGGAAAACAUGGGCAGAAUUAAUCAUAGGUCAAGCUGAGGGCCCUGGUUCUUACAUCAUGAACUACAUAAUGUACAUAUUUUGGGCCUUGAGUUUUGCCUUUCUUGCUGUUUCUCUGGUAAAAGUAUUUGCUCCAUAUGCCUGUGGAUCUGGAAUUCCAGAGAUUAAAACUAUUUUGAGUGGAUUCAUCAUCAGAGGUUACUUGGGAAAAUGGACUUUAAUGAUUAAAACCAUCACAUUGGUAUUGGCUGUGGCAUCGGGUUUGAGUUUAGGAAAAGAAGGUCCCCUGGUACAUGUUGCUUGUUGCUGUGGAAAUAUUUUUUCCUACCUCUUUCCAAAGUAUAGCACAAAUGAAGCUAAAAAAAGGGAGGUGCUAUCAGCUGCCUCGGCUGCAGGGGUUUCUGUAGCCUUUGGUGCACCAAUUGGAGGAGUUCUUUUUAGCCUGGAGGAGGUUAGCUAUUAUUUUCCUCUUAAAACUUUAUGGAGGUCAUUUUUUGCUGCUUUAGUGGCUGCAUUUGUUUUGAGAUCCAUCAAUCCAUUUGGUAAUAGCCGUCUGGUUCUUUUUUAUGUGGAGUAUCAUACUCCAUGGUACCUUUUUGAACUGUUUCCUUUUAUUCUCCUCGGGGUAUUUGGAGGGCUUUGGGGAGCCUUUUUCAUUAGGGCAAAUAUUGCCUGGUGUCGUCGACGCAAAUCCACCAAAUUUGGAAAGUAUCCUGUUCUUGAAGUCAUUAUUGUUGCAGCCAUUACUGCUGUGAUAGCCUUCCCUAAUCCAUAUACGAGGCUCAACACCAGUGAACUGAUUAAAGAGCUUUUUACAGACUGUGGUCCCCUGGAGUCCUCUUCUCUUUGUGACUACAGAAAUGACAUGAACGCCAGUAAAAUUGUUGAUGAUAUUCCCGAUCGUCCAGCAGGUCUUGGAGUAUAUUCAGCUAUAUGGCAGUUAUGCUUAGCACUCAUAUUUAAAAUCAUAAUGACAGUAUUCACUUUUGGUAUCAAGGUUCCUUCAGGCUUGUUCAUCCCCAGCAUGGCCAUAGGAGCGAUCGCCGGAAGGAUUGUGGGGAUUGCCGUGGAACAGCUUGCAUAUUAUCACCACGACUGGUUUAUCUUUAAGGAGUGGUGUGAGGUUGGGGCUGAUUGCAUUACACCAGGCCUUUAUGCUAUGGUUGGUGCUGCUGCAUGCCUAGGUGGUGUGACAAGAAUGACCGUAUCACUGGUGGUUAUUGUUUUUGAGCUUACUGGAGGCUUGGAAUAUAUUGUCCCCCUUAUGGCUGCAGUAAUGACCAGUAAAUGGGUUGGAGAUGCCUUUGGUAGAGAAGGCAUUUAUGAAGCGCACAUCCGCUUAAAUGGAUACCCUUUCUUGGAUGCAAAAGAAGAAUUCACUCAUACAACCCUGGCUGCUGAUGUCAUGAGACCUCGAAGGAACGAUCCUCCCUUAGCUGUCCUCACACAGGACAAUAUGACAGUUGAUGAUAUAGAAAACAUGAUUAAUGAAACCAGCUACAAUGGCUUCCCUGUCAUAAUGUCAAAGGAAUCUCAGAGAUUAGUGGGAUUUGCCCUCAGAAGAGACCUGACAAUUGCAAUAGAAAGUGCCAGAAAAAAGCAGGAAGGUAUCGUGGGCAGUUCUCGUGUAUGUUUUGCACAACAUACCCCGUCUCUUCCGGCAGAAAGUCCUCGGCCAUUGAAACUUCGAAGCAUUCUUGACAUGAGCCCUUUUACAGUGACAGAUCAUACCCCAAUGGAGAUUGUAGUGGAUAUUUUCCGUAAACUGGGUCUGAGGCAGUGCCUUGUAACUCACAACGGGAUUGUCUUGGGGAUCAUCACAAAGAAGAACAUAUUAGAACAUCUCGAGCAACUAAAGCAGCACGUCGAACCUUUGACGCCUCCUUGGCAUUAUAACAAAAAAAGAUAUCCUCCGUCAUAUGGCCCAGACGGCAAACCAAGACCCCGCUUCAAUAAUGUUCAACUGAAUCUCAUAGAUGAGGAGAGAGAGGAAACAGAAGAGGAAGUUCAUUUGUUGAAUAGCACAACUCUUUAACCUGAGGGAGUGAGUCGUCUACAUUUUUUUCUCCUUAAAAAAAAAAAGGAAUUACAAAAGCCGGGCUUUUGCAUCAUGGUUUGCAAAUAAUGCUGGUGGAGUGGAGUUGUUUGGGAGGGAAAGGAGAGAGAAAAGGAAAUGAGUGAGGGAUUUUCCCCAUCUAACUGAGAGCAGCAAAUCAACUCCUGUUCUGCACUGGAUGCAUUCAGCUGAGGAUGUGCCGUGAUAGUGCAGGCUUGAGCCGCAAGAGGGGACAGCAGCGCCCACCCACCCGCCUGCCUGGGAGCACCUGGCCUGUUAUUCCAACUUCGCAUAGAGGCACUAUCAGUCCCCAUUUCUGGAGGGAUUACUUUGAAUUGAGCCAUCUUUAAGACUGCAAGGUCUUGCCCUUUUUUUUAAUCAAAACUGUUCUGUUUAAUUCAUAAAUUGUAGAGUUAAGCAUUACCUUUCUACAUUCCAGAAGAGCUUUUAUUUCUCUCUCUCUUUCUCUCUUGAGCUGUAACAAAGCCUCUUUAAAUUGGUGUACCCUUUUGAAGCAGUCCUUUCUCAUAUUGAGAUGUACUGUGAUUUUACUGAGGUUCCAUCACAAGAAGGGAGUGUUUCUUGUGCCAUUAACCAUGUAGUUUGUUCCAUCACCAAAUGCUUGGAGCAGUCACAUGCAACGCAACAAAGGCUGAGCAAACAGGUAAAAUCCUGAACGCAAGCGUCAGCGAAAUCUCUCAGCGUGUGUGCUAUGUGUUUCAGAAUCAACAAUGAAACUUGACUUGUAAGGAUAAACAAUUUUCUUUUUGUUGUUUUUUUUCCCUCUCAGACUUUAUGGAUAAUGUGACCUUGUCUUAUGCAAAUUCUGUAUUUCUAAAACUACUGAUAUAUAAGUGCUGUUCAGCAUAAGGAAACAAAAAUGCUGCUUUGACAG